CCUUUCAGAAGAGUAUCUGGAGGCUCCCCCAUUGUGGUGAACUUCUGUGGUGGUGUCUGGUGCAGACCUCAAUCUUGUGCAUGUGCAUAACAUAAAUUGCAGAAGCGGACGUGACCUGGCGCCGGAGUUCAGUACCAUGGCAACGUAACGGGUUUUCAUCAUGAAUAAUCGAUCAGUGUCUCUUAGAGAAGCUCUGACUAUCGGGCUGUGCUGGGCAGUCGCCUUCCUAUACUGUUCACAGUAAGAAGAGUACCCGUGAUGGCCCACAUGUUGGCUCCAGGCAUACUUAGCCCAAAAGGAACGUCUUGCAUAUGAAACAUUGAGGCCAGUAUGGUAAUGGUUCCAAUCCUGUAACUCCGGAUAGAGGUCGUGUAGUCAAUGGACAGAGUGGGGAAAAUGUGGAACCACUUCAAGUACCGCUGUCAGAACCUCUUCGGCCCGGAAGGAGGGAGCCGCAGUGAUAGUCCCCACGUGCGCUCCAGCAGCUGCGCCUUGGUCAAAGAGAAGAGCUGCGGCGGCGCGGGAGACGCAGCCCCGGGGCAGCAGAGCGGCGCCUUAGGGGAAAACGCGGCCCUGCAGCCGGGGCCCCCGUGCCCGGACGCCACCACCGCGAGGAGGAAGCAGAACUGCGCGGCCGAGGUGCCCCAGGUGGUGGAGAUGGGCGCGGAGAGGGACCGCGAGCGGGAGCGCGAGCCGGGCGCCUCGCCCGCCCCCAGGCCCGCGCGCAGAGACUCCUACUCGCGCCACGCGCCGUGGGGAGGCAAGAAGCAGCACUGCUGCUCCUCCAAGCCGCAGAGCCCCCUGGACGGGGACAAGAGGCUGGCGAGGGCCCGGGGCGGCGCGCCCCGCCGCGAGCGGCGCUACGGCGUGAGCUCGGUGCACGAUGCGGAUGGCGCGCCAGGCAGGACGGUGGGCGGCCGCUCCCUGCGCCAGCGGCUGCAGGACACGGUGGGCCUGUGCUUCCCGGUGAGGGCGCACAGCCGUCAGGCGAAGCCCCUCUUCUCCUCCCGGAGGAAGAUCCACCUCUCCGAGCUGAUGCUGGAGAAGUGCCCUUUCCCCGCCGGCUCGGACCUGGCGCAGAAGUGGCACCUGAUUAAGCAGCACACGGCCCCCGUGAGCCCGCACUCGGCCUUCUUCGACACCUUCGACCCGUCCCUGGUUUCCGCCGAGGACGAGGAGGACCGGCUGCGCGAGCGGCGGCGGCUCAGCAUCGAGGAAGGCGUGGACCCCCCGCCCAACGCCCAGAUCCACACGUUCGAGGCCAGCGCCCAGGUGAACCCUCUGUGCAAGCUGGGGCCCAAGCUGGCCCCGGGCAUGGCGGACGCGGGCGGGGACAGGGACAGCGGCUGUUCAUCAGCCCCGCCGGCCGCCAGCGCGGGCGGGGAGCCCGAGGACGAUGCCGCCACCACCCUGUGUCUGCAGCCGCGGAAGCCCAAGCAGCGCCCGGCGGCGGCGGCGACGGCGCCUGAUGCCCACGGGCACGCGGGCAGGCAGGGCGCGUGGAAGGUGCACACGCAGAUCGACUACAUCCACUGCCUCGUGCCCGACCUGCUGCAGAUCACGGGCAACCCGUGCUACUGGGGCGUGAUGGACCGCUACGAGGCCGAGGCGCUGCUGGAGGGCAAGCCCGAGGGCACGUUCCUGCUGCGGGACUCGGCGCAGGAGGACUACCUGUUCUCGGUGAGCUUCCGCCGCUACAACCGCUCGCUGCACGCGCGCAUCGAGCAGUGGAACCACAACUUCAGCUUCGACGCCCACGACCCGUGCGUGUUCCACUCGUCCACGGUCACGGGGCUGCUGGAGCACUACAAGGACCCGAGCUCCUGCAUGUUCUUCGAGCCGCUGCUCACCAUCUCGCUGAACAGGACCUUCCCGUUCAGCCUGCAGUACAUCUGCCGCGCGGUGAUCUGCAGGUGCACCACGUACGACGGCAUCGACGGGCUCCCGCUGCCCUCCGCGCUGCAGGACUUCCUGAAGGAGUACCACUACAAGCAGAAAGUGAGGGUGCGCUGGCUGGAGCGGGAGCCCGUCAAGGCCAAGUAGAACCCCUGCCCGCCGCCCCCCGCAGGGCGCUGGCCUGGCCAGCUGUCGCGGGCAUCAGCGGGCAUCGCACC